AUGUCUGAAAGUAAAAAAUGGCCAGAAUUGGUAGGACAAACAUUCGAACAGGCAUCUCAAGUAAUACUAGCAUUUGAUAACAAUCUACAUCCUUAUAAUGCAAAAAAUGGGAUGCAAAAUAGAAUGUAUGAUCCGAAACGUGUUGUAUGCGUCACAGAUAAUAAUGGUGUUGUAACUGAACCACCUCAUUAUACUAAUCCACAUUGA